AUGUCCUCGGCAUUCGAAACAUUCAAGCCAGCGUUCACUGAGCCGCCCGGUACCAAUUUAGCUGGCAUCCCCAUCAAGGGACUGAAGCUUCCAUCUCCUUGGGUUUCCUACGGCCUACCUUACCACAUAUCAUGUGCAAAGCACAUAAGAGAUGAUUUCAACGCGUCAAGAGUAUACAUCAUCGCGUCCCGCUCGCUAUCCAGAGAUACCGACGAAAUUGAAAAGUUGAUCCGCACGAUUGGAGAUACAAGCAUAGUAGGAAUACGCAAGGGUUUGACACCACAUACGCCGUGGUCUGAGGUCCUGUCGAUAGCAGACGAGUGUCGUAAGGCGGAUGUGGAUUGCGUGGUUACACUCGGCGCUGGCAGUCUCACGGAUGGAGCGAAGCUUGUUGUGCUUUGCUUAGCAAACAACAUCUCUUCCGCGACACAACUAGCCCGCUACUCCGUAGAAAGCACCUCCAUCCCCUCAGAAGUGAGACAACCCACCGUCCCUCUGAUAACCAUUCCAACCAGCCUCUCCGGCGGCGAGUACUUCUCCCUCGCCGGCGGCACAGAAGACUCCACCAACCACAAACAUGGCUUCCUGCAUUCGGGCAUGGGCUCGAAGCUCAUCAUCCUAGACCCAGAACUGUGUCUCACGACACCAGAGUACCACUGGCUCAGCACGGGUGUUCGAUCUGUGGACCAUUGCGUGGAAGCGCUAUGCUGUACUUCGGCGACAGCGGCGUCGGAUGAGAAGGCGGAGAAGGGACUACGACUUCUGGUGCCCAGUCUGCUGAGAUGUAAAGCAGAGCCGAGAGAUGUGGAGGCCAGGCAUCGCUGUCAGAUGGCUGUGAAUUACGCGAUGGAUAAUGUGAGGGCUGGUAUCCCGCUUGGAGGAAGUCAUGCGAUUGGGCAUCAGCUAGGACCUCUCGGUGUACCGCAUGGUGUAACGAGCUGCAUUAUGCUCCCGGCUGUCAUGAAGUACAACUUGAAGCACGGCUCUUCCAAUCCGAAGAUUGGGCCUCGCCAAGAAACCAUCAAGCAGAUGUUAUGGUCCGAGACCGAAGUCGCUAGCGCUCUGACGUCUGCUGGGUUGGAAGAAGGCUCAGCUGAUCUGGGAGAUUUGCUAGAUGCUAUCAUCCGCACACUCGGCUUACCCAGAACGCUGCGAGAGCUGGGAGUAUCAAGAGACCUCAUUCCUGCGCUGUCAGAAAGAGCUUUAGAUGACUUCUGGGCGCCAACGAACCCGAUUCCAUUGAUUGAAGCGGUACAAGUACAGGAGAUUUUGGAGGCUGUCGCGUAGCUCGUAAGGUUCACAUCUCGUUUUUCUUUGCAGGGGACUUGCGGUGUGUUCUCACUUCAUGGACAGCGCGA